AAUAAAAAAAAAUCCUCAACUCCAUCAGUACCACCAACAUGAUUUCUCAGCUGUUCUUCCUCUCAAGUCUUCUGGCUUUAGCCCUAGCAGUACCAGUGGACCAGACGGCGCAGCCAGUGGAAAUUAUCACGCAAACUUCGGACAUCGAGCCAGACGGCAGCUUCCGGUGGAACUUUGAGUCUUCAGAUGGAACCAAGCAGGAGCAAAGUGGUUCGCUGAGAGCCGCAGUUAAGGACGAGGAGGGACCCAUUGCUUCCGUAAGCGGUUCGGUCAGCUGGAAGGACCCAGAAGGCAACUUGCACCAGCUGAAGUAUGUAGCCGAUGAGAAAGGGUUCCAAGCCCAAGGGGCUGAUAUUCCUAUUUCACCGCCAAUUCCUGCGGAGAUUGCUAAGGCUUUGGCUUUCAUCGCUGCCCAUCCAGAGCCGGAAGGAUCCACCGAGAAAGCCUAAUUUUUCAUAACAUGUUGUAAAUGUAAAUGAUUAAAAGUUUUGGAACAUCUCCAAA